CCACAUCCAAUGUCAUGUAAUAGUUAUUGGUUCUUUCAUAUUCAUUAUAUAUAUUAAAUUGGUUUGGAUAUUAAAUUGUAUUUACCCUUAUAUAUAUGUAAUGGGAGAAUGAGAGUGUCAGAGAAAGAAAAAGAAAAGAAAGAAAGGCACAAGUGAGCCAAGUGCAUCCUUCUCUGAUUGUUAAAAACAAUAGCCAGAAGAAGAAGGCAUUGUUUGUUUGAGUGUAUUUUAAAAUUGAGUGAUUAAACACCAUAUGUUUCCUUAGUGUUGAUCCUAAAUCAUACCACAUUUCCGCUAAUCUCCAACAAACUUGGUAUCAGAGCUAAUACCUUUGUAUCCUUUCCAAAAUCCCCAACUUUCUAGCCUACACAAAUUAUCUCCAAAAGCCAUGGCAACAAAUUCAUCACACACCAUGUUUGCUACCUCAUCAAAUCAAAUUCCCAUUUUCGAUGGAGAAUCGUACGAGUACUGGAGUGCCCAAAUGGAGCUUAUUUUCAUCUCUCAAGAUCUGUGGGAUAUCGUCCAAGAAGGCUACGAAGAUCCACAAGACGAGGAUGAAGAUUCCAAGAAACGAGCAGGCAAACAGACAAAGGAGUACAAGGAAAAUGCCAAGCAAAAUGCCAGCGCCUUGAGAAUAAUUCAGCAAGCAGUGAGCUAAUCGAUUUACCCGAGAAUCUAUGGCAUCAAAAAGGCAAAAGAAGCUUGGGAUGUCUUGCGUGAACAAUUUCAAGGUUCUGAAAAGGAAAUCUCUAUCAGGCGCCAAAGUUUAUGGCGAUAGUUCGACAACUUGAUGAUGAAGGAAACCGACACCAUCAAAGACUUCCAUUCGCGUGUGGCGGAGACAGUCAAUCAAAUCAAAGCUACUGGUGACGUCAUAGAAGAAAGGAAAGUCGUGGAGAGAAUUCUCCGAAGCUUAUCAUCGAAGUUCGAACACAUUGUAGUCGUGAUAGAAGAAACCAAAGAUUUGGCAAAUCUACUAAUGAGCGAGUUGAUGGGCUCACUUGUAGCACACGAGCAAAGAAUGAGUCGCUUCACCAAACCGCCAUUGGAGCAAGCUUUCUCGUCAAAAUUCAGCAUGACGGAAAGUAAAUAUGCCAAAUCGGA